CAUUUUUAAACCAAUAUGAGGACUACAACUGUACAAGUCAUCAAAUAUUUGCCGACCGACAAUUUUGCCGUUAACAGAAUCAAUGCUGUUAGCAAAAAGGACUAACUUCGUAAUUUUUGCAAAAAAUAAAAUUUCAGUGAACUUUAACGACGACUUAGAACAAACCCAAAAAGAGAGAAAAAUGGUAUGAAAAUUUAUCAUUACAUUAAGAAAAAAAAUCAGCGUGUGGGUUUUUUUUUUGUGACACUAGUUUGUGUUCAGUCAGUUCAUUGCAAAAUCCGAAACUUUGCAUCAAAUUGACGAUGUUCUCUCAAACGCAUUUACUCUGCUCGCGUCCUUUCGGCUUGAACGGGGUUUCAAUGGCCGCCACUUUACGUACCCCGUUUUUCGUUCGUGUCAGUAGCUCAGCCGCAUCGGCGCCGGUCGCCGGCGAUACGAUCCCGGCGCCGGUAAUCUCAGAACAGCAUAAACCCGAUUUUACGCCACGCUCGCAGACGCUGGUCGAGGCAGCUCCGCCCAUUGAAGUGGCAAAAAAUCUAGGGUUCCGACCCAACCCUGAAUUGGGGCUUCUCUCAUACUUAUUCGUCCUCUCCAUGGCUUUUGGUGCAUUUUUCUCAGUAGCCGUGGUUUCCAUUCCUACCUUAAUUGCUUUUGGAAGAUUAGGAGCUUCAGUAAAGAAAUUGGAAAAGGUUGUUUCGGAAGAGGUGCCCGGGACUUUAUCUUCUCUCAAACUUUCUAGUCUGGAGCUGAAUGAAUUAACCCAACAACUUAGUCUUCUCAGACAGCAUAAAACUGCUGGUGUUCCUAUGGGAACAAAGGACAUGAACACUGUCAGAUCAAAAUCCUCUAGCAAGAAGCACCCAACAUCCUAACAUUUCCAAAGUAUGUUUCUGGAAUUGACUUUGCUUGGUUUGGUUGAAUAGGAAUCACAGGAUAGAUGUACAGCAUUUUCAGCUACAUGGUUUCCGUUGAAAAUUGAAAUUACAAGUUUAUACUGAUAUAUGAUUCUAGGACAUGUGCUUUUAACUUUGAAGCUGACUGAUGUUGCAAAUAAUGUUAAAGAAGAUCUCUGCUGGUUUCUCUGUUAUCCUGAGGAUUGGUAAUUUACGGGUAUUGACUAAAUAAGUUGGCGUAUUUGAGACUGGGAUGUUAAGUGAACCAUUUUUCAGGUAUAUGAUAUAGUUUCUUA